UUGGCCAGCAUCCAGCCGAUGCUCGCGAGCAAAAGUGUUGUAUCGUCACACUAGGAUCUCGUGGUUUCGAGGAGCAGUAGGAAAAAGUAAACAAAACUGAUCAGCUGAUAUCAUCAUGGCGCCCGGAGAUCGUCGAACUGUUGCAAGAUGUGCUGCGGUGAUGUGUCUUCUUGGAGUCUUACGUGAAUGCAAGAGCAACAAAAAACGUUUGUGGGUUCGAGAGUGGCUCAGGAAAGAGAGGACAAAGGUAUCUUUGACAACUUGUGUCGGGAAAUGAGGUUGGGAGAUGGCGCGGCCUUCUACAACUACCACAGAGUGAACAAAGAAGAUUUUGAUUAUCUCUUGAGGCUUGUUGGGCCCAAGAUUGCUAAGCAAGACACCAGGAUGAGAAAGGCUAUUCCACCAGAACAGAGAUUAUCAGUCACAUUGAGGCACUUGGCCACAGGUGAAUCAAAAACAUCCCUGGGAUAUUCCUACAGGAUCAGCCCAAACCUCCUUUCAAGUGUCAUUCCUGAGGUGUGUGAGGCCUUAUAUGCAGCUCUGCAACCUUUAUAUAUGAAAAUGCCUACAAAUGAAGAGGAAUGGCUUCGCAUCCAAGCAGAAUUUCAUUCUCUCUGGCAGUUUCCAAAUUGCUGUGGUGCUUUAGAUGGGAAGAGAGUUCUUAUAGCCAAACCUUCAAAAUCAGGUUCAACAUAUUAUGACUACAAAUGUUAUUUCAGCUCCAUACUUCUUGCCCUUGUCGAUGCGAAGCUGAGAUUCAUUUAUGUAGAUGUUGGUGGUGCAGGACGUGCCAGUGAUGAAGGUAUAUGGGAGAAAUGCUCUUUGAAAAGGGCACUUGAUAGGGAUUUGGUGAAAUUUCUUCCUCAUAAGUCCUUACCUUUUUCGCAGAAAGCAUGCCCAAGUGUGAUUCUUGCCGAUGAUGCUUUCCCUCUCACUACUACUUUAAUGAAACCUUACCCUGGUCGAGGACUGACCCAUGAGAAAAGGAUGUUCAACUACAGGCUCUCUCGUGCUAGACGCACAUCAGAGAAUGCAUUUGGUAUACUUUCUGAGAAAUUUAGAAUAUUUAAGCAGCCGAUUAAUACAUCUCCAGAAAACAUCAAUUCAGUUAUUUUAGCUGCAUGUUCCCUUCACAAUUUUUUACGGACCUGUUCACCAAACACAUAUGCACCAGCAGAAAUGUUGGAGCCUGAGGACCACUGCAAUGGUACUGUCCAGUCUGGUGUUUGGCACCAGGAAGAGCAUGGUGGUAUGAUAGGCCUACUGCCGAUUCCUAGGCGCCCACAGAAUGAUGCUGCAGUUGUAAGGGACACUUUCAUGGCCUACUUCAAUGGUGAAGGCAGAGUUCCGUGGCAAGAGCAGAUGGCACUAUUCCACUAGGAAGUUGUAUUUUAUAGGUUUUGUGUGUAAAUGUAAAAUGUAUUAU